UGCUGUAUUGACAUCCGUGGUCUCAUACAGUCAUAUCUAACGUCUGUCAAAAGCGGACUUCCUCGGACUUUGUAGCAGCUUUUAGCUCAUCAGUCAGGCCGCAGUUAGUGAGAUUAGAGCGGGUUGUUAUCUGGCAGUAGGCGCGGGCUGUAGGAGCUCAGCAGCCGGACAGGAGACAUGACAGCCGGGCUGCUGAUGGUGUUCGUCGGGGGGCUGCUGGAGGUCUGCAGCGGCGUCUCUGCAAACAGAGGGGGGUAUCCCUCCUUUACUGACGAAAUACCUUUCAAAAUCAACUGGCCAGGCGCUGAGGUCACACUGCCAACUUCAGGUGUACUUUACAAGGAAGAUGAUUUUGUUAUCAUGACCACUACAGAGAAGGAGAAGUAUAAAUGUCUCCUGCCUUCUCUGGCAACUGGAGAUGAGGACGAUGAAAAGGAGUACAGCGGGCCCAGUCCGGGUGAACUGCUGGAGCCACUAUUCAAACGAAGCAGCUGCUCUUACAGGAUUGAGUCUUACUGGACAUAUGAAGUAUGCCAUGGAAAGCAUAUAAGACAAUAUCACGAAGAGAAGGAGACUGGCCAGAAGAUUAAUGUUCAAGAAUACUUCCUGGGGAAUGUGGCACAGAAGAGCCAGUCAGCAGAGACAGAUAAAGUUGAGGAGGCAGAAAAUGUCAAAUCAACAGCUGAAACUGAAGUGCCCACUAAGAAUAUCGAAGGCCAGCUGACUCCCUACUUCUCAUUGGAAAUGGGAAACGGGACUCCUUGUGUGCUGAAACAAAACGAGGCUCGCUCCACGUCUGUGCUAUAUGUCUGUCACCCGGAGGCCAAGCAUGAGAUCUUGUCUGUCGCUGAGGUCACGACCUGUGAAUAUGAGGUGGUGGUGUUGACACCGCUGCUGUGUGCACACCCAAAAUACAGGUUCAAGUCCUCCCCAGUGAACGCCAUUUUCUGCCAGGCUCUGGCGGGCUCUCCUCUGCGUCCUCUGCGGCUCGCCCAGUUGGAUAAGGAGCAAGAGGAGCAGCUUAAACCACCUUUCAGCGCAGCUUCCGAGACCAGAGAGGAGGAGACGUCACCAGUGAGGGAGGAGGCCUUCACGUCCACUCACAAACCCAUGACUGUCGGAGGGCAAACUCAGGUCACAGUCGGCACCACUCACAUCUCUCGCCUGACAGAUGACCAGCUUAUCAAGGAGUUCCUCAGUGGCUCGUACUGUCUGCACGGGGGGGUCGGGUGGUGGAAGUAUGAAUUCUGUUAUGGAAAGCAUGUCCAUCAGUACCAUGAGGAUAAAGAACAAGGAAAGAACAUUGUGGUUGUCGGGAACUGGAACGCCUUGGAGCACACAGAGUGGGCCAAGAAAAACGUCGCCCGAUCCUACCAGCUCAAAGAUGACGGAGUGCAGAAAGUCAAGUUGGUUUCCCACUUUUACGGCCAUGGGGACGUGUGUGAUCUGACAGGGAAGCCCAGACAGGUCAUUGUCAAGCUCAAAUGUAAGGAGUCUGAGUCUCCCCAUGCUGUCACUGUCUAUAUGCUGGAGCCUCAGACUUGUCAGUACAUCCUUGGGGUUGAGUCUCCGGUUAUAUGCAGGAUUCUCGACACUGCUGAUGAACAUGGACUUCUGUCAAUCUCCAGUUAAACUGACAAAGAUUGCAUGACAGCAACUGCGCAUGAAGGACAAAAAGAGGACGGACAGAGGAAGGUGCACUUAAAGAGAGAGAACAUUUAUCAUGAAACAGAAGUCUGUUUGGUGAAGGAAGAGAGACGCCCAUGACACUGCGCUAAAAGCCAAAAUGGAGGUUAAACUUGAUCCUGAGGCUUGACUUUAUGUAGCACAGGAGCGCAGCCUCAGCUCAGCCCUGACCUGUGCAAGGAGCUAUGCUACAUCACAGCCUGAUCCAGCAGACUAGCUCAGACUUUGUGAAAACAGCGAAUUAGUGCAGACGCACCACUCCACAAGGCAGAGGAUUUGUCGCCUGUUCUCCAUAUCUAUGCUUCACCUUGUGUUGAUUAAUUGCAAACAAAGGAGUGAUGAAUCAGGGGAUUCGUAAUCAUCAGGGGAAUCACAUCAUUCAUGGUGGUUUUAUUGUCUUUAAGGUUUAUUUGUGUGCGUGCAUGUGUGUGUGUGGUGAAAAUGAUUAGUUGCUUGACUCUGGCACUUUGUACUUGUAGAUAUGCAACAAGCAAGUGUGAAAAUGUUUUUGCAGCUGUGUGUGUGCAUAUUGUGUCAAUUUACGGGAUGAGUGUAACUUAUGCAGUAGAGAGUGCUGUGGAAUAGCAACAAAAAGUGAGUGGUUGACUGAAAUUUCCUAUAAGUUUGUUGGAUGUGCAGGAUGUCUGUGGGUUCCUGUAAGAGGUAUUCUGUGGUUUCUAUGAAGAUGCACACUGGGAGCCUGAUCACUGCUGUAUCGCAGGGGAUACAAGCCAAUGCAUUUGCAGCAAAGAAUAAAACUGAAACAUGAAACCUCA